AUGGCAAGCAAUUUAGUUGAUAAGAAGAAAGUAUGUCCGAUUCGUCAUUAUAUCUAUCCACAAAAGGAAAAACGAGUAAAGCAGACCAACGCUUACAAAAUCUAUUUUACCUGGAUUCGCUAUCAUUCGUACAAGGAUCAUAGUUCAAAUGACAAUCUACUCGUUUGUUACGCUAUUAUCUCAUGUCUGUUAGUUGGAAUACAUCUUCUUGCAUUAUUGAUGUCGAUGUGUAUUUUACCUGAAUUGAAAAGUGUAAUCCGUCAAAGUGAUAUGUGGAUAAAUAAUGAAAAUAGUAAACCACUGUCGUCAUUGAAUAUCUAUAUCGAAAUAGCUUGGGUCGUUUCGACUGGACUUGGUUUAUUUUUAUUUAUAAUCGAAUUGGGAAUUAUCAUUUGGAUUAAAGUUAGUGGAUUCUCUCGUCUAGCCGCAAUAUCAGCGCUUGUGACACUGUGUCUUGUUGGCUGUCCAUUUAUUUUAUUCGCAAUUGGUUUUUAUUUUCGUGUCACGCGAGCCAAAGUUCAUUUACAUCAAACGGACUUGGAAAAGAUCGAACAGGGAGCUAUUGCUCGGGGACUUUUACUCAACAAUCCUGUUGUUACGCCGACCACGACUGUUGAAUUUCACAUUGAUGAAAAUCAUUAA